AUGGCGGGGAACGACUGCGGCGCGCUGCUGGACGAAGAGCUCUCCUCCUUCUUCCUCAACUAUCUUGCCGACACACAGGGUGGAGGGUCUGGAGAAGAGCAACUGUGUGCUGACUUUCCGGAGCUUGACCUCUCCCAGCUGGAUGUCAGUGACUUCGACUCGGCCACCUGCUUCGGGGAGCUGCAGUGGUGCCCAGAGAACUCUGAGACAGAACCCAACCAGUACAACCCUGAUGACUCUGAGCUCUUCCAGAUCAUCGACAGUGAGAACGAGGCUCUCCUGGCAGCUCUCACCAAGACCCUGGACGACAUCCCUGAAGAUGACGAUGACGUGGGCCUGGAUGCUUUCCCGACACUGGAUGGUGGGGACACACUCUCCUGCGCCUCAGCUUCCCCUGCCCCUUCAUCUGCGCCCCCCAGCCCCUCCCUGGAGACGCCUCCUGCUCCAGCCCCCGAGGUGGAUGAGCUCUCGCUGUUGCAGAAGCUGCUUCUUGCCACGUCCUCCCCAACGCCAAGCUCUGACAUCCAGAAGGAAGGAACCACCUGGAGGCAGGCAGGCUCCAGGUCCAAAAGUCAGCGACCUUGUAACAAGAUGGACAGCAUCCAAGACAAGAAGACUCCCCUGGCCCAGUCUCAGAGCCGGAGCUGCACAGAGCUACAUAAGCAUCUCACCGCCAUGCUGUCCUGCCCCCAGGCUAAAGCCCACUCCCCAGAGAGGGGCCUGCAGCCGCCACCCCCCAUGAGCCCCCAGAUUCAGGCUGGGGAGGAUGAGGAGCUGGGUGAGGACUGCCCAAGCCCCCAGCCAGCCCCAGCCUCUCCCCAGGACUCUCCGGCACCAGGCAGGACAGGCUCCAGUGCCCAGGUUUCCCAGGAGGACAUGCAAGCAGUGGUGCAGCUGAUCCGCUAUAUGCACACUUACUGCCUCCCCCAGAGGAAGCUGCCCCCACAAGUCCCAGAGCCUACCCCCAAGCCUUGCAGCAGCCCCUCCAAGCAGGUCAGAGCCCGGCCACGGUCCCAGCACCCCUCCAAAGCCUCCUGGGCUGAGUUCUCCAUUCUGAGGGAACUUCUGGCUCAAGAUGUCCUCUGUGAUGUCAGCAAACCCUACCGCCUGGCCACGCCCGUCUAUGCCUCGCUCACACCCCAGCCGAGGCCUAGGCCCCCCAAGGACAGCCAGGCUUCUCCUGGCCACCCAGCCCCAGUGGAAGAGGUGAAGAUCACAGCUUCACCCAAAAGCAUGGGGCCCAGACCGAGCCUGCGACCACUGCGGCUGGAAGUGAAAGGGGAGGCCCACUCGUCUGCCAGGCUGCAGCAGGAAGAGGAAGAGGAAGAGGAGGAAGAGGAGGAAGAAGAAAAGGAAGAGGAGGAGGAGGAAGAAUGGGGCAGCAAAAAGCAGGGCCGUGGCCUGCCAUGGACCAAGCUGGGCAGGAAGCUGGAGAGCUCUGUGUGUCCCGUGCGGCGGUCCAGGAGGCUGAACCCUGAGCUGGGGCCCUGGCUGACAUUUACUGAUGAACCCCUGCACCCCACAGAACCCCAAGGUGCUCUGCCUUCACUGGGCCUGGCUCCCGAGGCCUACGACAUGGAGCGGGAGCUGGGCAGCCCUGCAGAUGAAGAGAGUGGCCAAGACCAGCAGCUCCUACGGGGACCCCAGAUCCCAGCUCUGGAGAGCCCCUGCGAGAGUGGGUGUGGGGAUACAGAUGAGGACCCCAGCUGCCCGAGGCUCUCUUCCAGAGACUCUCCCAGGUGCCUCAUGCUGGCCUUGUCACAAAGCGACCCUCCCUUUGGCAAGAAGAACUUCGAGCAGACUUUGACGGUAGAACUCUGUGGAACAGCAGGCCUCACCCCACCAACCACGCCCCCUUACAAGCCCACAGAGGAGGACCUUUUCAAGCCUGACAUCAAGCACAGCCUGGGCAAAGACACAGCUCCCAGCCUCCCCUCCUCUGAAAGCCUCCAGCUCGGGGUCACCCCAGGGGCUGCCCACAAGCUGCCAAAGAAGCAUCCAGAGCGUAGCGAGCUCCUGUCCCACCUACGGCAUGCUGCGGCCCUGCCGGCCUCCCAGGCUGGCCAGAAGCGUCCCUUCUCCUGUUCCUUCGGAGAUCAUGACUACUGCCAGGUGCUGAAGCCGGAGGGUGCCCUGCAGAGGAAGGUGCUGAGGUCCUGGGAGCCAUCUGGGGUGCACCUUGAGGACUGGCCCCAGCCAGGUGCCCCGCGGGCUGAGGCCCCAGCCUGUGUCAGGGAAGACGACAGGAGCUGGGAUGCCAAUGCCGCUCCCAAGGACAGUAUGUUGUUGAGAGACCACGAGAUCCGCGCCAGCCUCACCAAGCACUUUGGGGUCCUGGGAAGCGCCCUAGAGGAUGAAGACCUGGCCUCAUGCAAGAGCCCCGAGUACAACACCGUCUUUGAGGACAGCAGCAGCAGUAGUGAGAGCAGCUUCCUCCCAGAGGAGGAGGAGGACGAUGAGGAGGACUCAGGGGCCAGCCCCCCUCGCUCUGACCACUGCCCCUACCAGAGUCCCCCCAGCAAGGCCAAUCGGCCGCUCUGUUCCCGCAGCCGCUCCAGCUCUGGCUCCUCCUCUUGCCGCUCCCGGUCACCAGCCACACGGAGGACCUUCAGAUGUGAGAGCAGGAGGCCGUGCUCAGACGGAACGCCAAGCGUCCGGCAUGCCAGGAAGCGGCGAGAAAAGGCCAUUGGUGAAGGCCGGGUUGUGUACAUUCGAAAUCUCUCCAGCGACAUGAGCUCUCGAGAGCUGAAGAAGCGCUUCGAGGUGUUUGGCGAGAUUGUAGAGUGCCAGGUGCUGACGAGAAGCAAGAGAGGCGAGAAGUAUGGCUUCAUCACCUACCGGUGUUCCGAGCACGCUGCCCUCUCUCUGAGGAACGGCGCUGCCCUGAGGAAGCGCAACGAGCCCUCCUUCCAGCUGAGCUAUGGAGGGCUCCGGCAUUUCUGCUGGCCCAGAUACACUGACUACGAUUCCAAUUCAGAAGAGGCCCUUCCCACGUCAGUGAAAAACAAGUACGAAGUCAUGGAUUUUGACAGCUUACUGAAGGAGGCCCAGCAGAGCCUGCAUUGA